AUGUACCUUCUUAUCUGCUUUGGCACUGUUGACCAGGUCAGGUUCAACCCUCUCAAGCCAGAGGACUACUGCCUCUCCUUCUCCAUGCCCACCUGGUCACUGAACUAUGGCCAGAAGCUGCAGGAAGCCCUGUCCUGCUUCAUCCACCUCUACAGCCAGCCUGGCAAGUACAUCCUUGAUGCCUUUGCCAGCACCCACUCUGCUUCACUGGCUGCUGCCUUAGCUGGCCACAACGCCAUUGCUGUCAAGAAGGACACCAAGCAGUGGCACUACACCUCAACCAACCUCCCCAACCAGUACCAACGUGCUACAUCCAGCCAUCCAUCCACUUCCCAACAGCCAACUGCAACUUCCCCUUCAUCACAACUCCCCCAGGAUUCACCACCAACAAGUCCCAAGCCACUGCAAGUCUCUCAUCAUGUCCUGGACAUGGACCUCCCUUCUACUUCACUCUGCCUGACCUGCUCAAAGUCCAUCAUCAAAACCACUGAAGAGAUUGUGCAGUGCGACGCUCCAACCUGCAUGCAGACCAUCCACUCUGAGUGCAGCAUUUCCCUCCCUGAUGGUGGGCGUGUUUGCUCUCAGCAGUGCACCAUUAACCUCACCUCUACCUCCUCAACCCCAUUGUUGUAG